GAUGCAUAGCGCUCCCGUUUCAAAAUUUGACAUUAUACUGCUGAUGGUUACUUUAUAACCUAUCAUUUUAAGCGUGUUUUUAUUUUGUCCGGUGUCUGCUGUGUUUUCUAUUAAAAAUACUGCCGCAAUGGACAGCGACGUCAGUAAAGACUCGUACAAUUCAGACUCUGAUAUUGACGAGAAAACCCACUCCAAACUAUUAGAGAAUGUCCUGAAUCUGAGCAAGAAGAAGCUGGUGAAGAAGCCAACGCGGACGGAAGCGACGAGCACUGUUUCCGAGUUCGAUUUGGUGAAGAGCAGCGGAAAUGUGCGCCUACUUGAGCUCGCAAAAGGUCUGGGCAAGUCCAAAGGCGAAGCUAAACUUGCGAAGAGGUUGUUCAAAAGCACAGCCGAGACCAUCCGGAAGCCAGCUGAGAAAAUUGAGGCUGACAGAUCGCACAGGAGGGUAGCCUACAAAUCAACUCAGCAAGCACUGGACAAAUGGGAUCCCAUUGUUACAUCGAUGAGGGCCGCUCCUACUCUCUCAUUUCCUUUGAUUGAUCAAAACUUGGAGAAGGAUGAAAGCAAAUUGGAAUGCUGGAGAUUGAAAUCAGAAUUGCAGCAGAAACUAGAAGAAGUUGAUCCAAAAAUAGAAGAAAUUCAUGUUGAGACUAACAGUUUUCCAUUGACGUUGCAAGAGAUGUUGGAGAAGAGACAGGAGGCAGCCAAGAUGAGGGUGAAGAUGGGUUAUGAAUUGGCGAAGGCUAAAAGGUUGAAGAAGAUUAAAAGUAAGACUUAUCACAGAAUACAAAAGAGAGAUAAAAUCAAGCAGCAGCUGAAGGAGUUUGAGUUGUUGCAAAAGACUGAUUCGGAAGCAGCUUUGGCCAAGUUGGAAGAAAUUGAAAAAGUUAGGGCUUUGGAGAGAGUGUCUUUGAGGCACAAGAAUACAGGAGCUUGGGCUAAGAAUAAACAGAUUAGGGCUAAAUAUAAUACUGAUAUAAGGAAAGUUUUGGCAAAUCAGCUGAGUCUGAGUAAGGAGUUGACCCAAAAAAUUAAACCGAAGUAUGAUUCUGAUGAUGAAGAAGCGCCCACACAACAGACUCAAGUCAAUCAAAUUAAUAAGGACCCGUCAAAUCCAUGGACCAACAGUAAUUUAAAUAUUAGCAAGGAAGUUCAUGAUUUUGUGUCUGGUUAUAGGAAGUAUUGGGAGGAGAAAAAUAAGAUGGAAAAAGGUGAAGAGGAAAAUAGUAAAAUAAAGAGGAUAACUGAUUGCAGCACUCCAAUGGUAGUCGAAAGUGUUCCUGAAAACGUGGAGACACUUAAAGAAACACCAAGUAUGGAAUGCGAGCUGCAUGAUUUUGUUAAGGAUGAACGAUUGGGAAGCGGUGAUAAAGUUGCCAAUAAACCGUCGAAGAGUCAGAAAAUAACUGAGUGGAAAGUUGAGAAAGUUCAGGUAAACAAGCGGAAGGAAACCAAGAAGAUUGAAAAUAAAGAUUUUAAAGUAGCAGACGUUCGCCUGGAUCAAAAACUGGCGAUGCACGAUCAGAAAUUGCAAAAUUUGUUUAGGGAGAAGAUGGCAAAAAUUAUGAAAAGUUGGAACUUCAAGGUUGCCGAAAGUGAAGAGAAGGAAGUCGUUAGGCCGUCUGGUAAUAUGAAUCUUAGGCCGGUCGUAACGAAGCCCGAUCUGGAUGAGGAGCUUCUUGAGACUGCAGGAAACGACAGCGAUGAUGACGACAAUGAAAAUAGCGAUCCGCUGAAGAACGUUAACGUGUUGAAAACACUGCAAACGGCGGAAGAGGCGCGCGAAGAAAUUGAUCCGAAAAAGUUCAUCGCUCCACCUAAAACUGUCUACUUGACCGCCGACGUACCCAAUUUGGUGACGUUCAACGAGGAGCAGGCAUUGGAGGAGAACGAUAAUCAGGUAUUCGCUGAGGCCUUCGAGGAUGACGAUGUGACGAACGAAUUUGCCAAGGAGAAGGCGGAGGAAAUUGAAAAGUUCAAUCCGAAGGCUGUCGAUCUCACGCUGCCCGGCUGGGGUUCGUGGGGCGGCAAGAAUCUCGAGGUGCCGAAGAAGAAACGCGAUAAGUUCACCAUGAAGGUUCCCGAGAAGCUGAAACGAAGGGACGACAACAUCGGUCAUCUGAUUAUCAACGAGACGCCCAACCUCAAGUUGAGGCAGCAUCUUGUCACCGAGGUGCCGAAACCUUUCAAGUCCGUCAAAGAUUUCGAAUCGAGUAUCAGGCAACCACUCAGCAACUCUUUCGUCCCGGAAACCGUCUUCAGGAAGCUCAGCGCACCGAAGGUUACCACCAAGAUGGGAACCAUCAUCAAGCCCAUGGAUGAAGACGUUCUUCUGCUGAAAGAGAAAAGGGCCAAGAUAUUCGAACGGAGUUUUCCAGCGAAGGACACGCGAAAAGUACACAAACGCAGGAAGUCUAAAAUCUAAUCAGACAAAACGUAUUUAAAUAAAACACGUUAUUAUUUUUUGUUAUGUGCUAUGAGCUUGUUUAUGAGGGUC